UAGAAGAUUUGAAAAAUGCUAAUCUAAAACUAAAUCAUCUGAACAUUUAGGCCUAAAUCUGGGUGUGUCUCAGGGAUUAUCACGUUUGCUCCUCCUGUCAUGGAUGUGGUAUUUGAAUUUCAGAAACUACACCUUCAGAGAGUACCUUAUAUCAACAGUAGAUAGUAAAACCAAAUCUGAGCACAAGUUUAGUAGGAAGCAGUUCGACUGAAUCAUUUUAUAUCUUGAGGCUUCCAUCUUUUAGCUCAUUGUCAGAAGGUAAUUAGCAGAAGUGCCAUCAGCUGGAAGUAAAAGAGGCGUCGUCUGUCUGAGGAAGUUUGACUGCUCAGAUGGCUUCCAGGUUUGGCCAGAGGAGAGUUGGAAGACACCAGGAGUACUCAGACUCCUGUCUGGUAAGGGAUCCCAGCCCCAACCUUCUGAAUGAGUUCUCUCACAGCGCCUCCUGGUGGGCUGACAGGGAGGAGCACAUAGAGCAAGGAGACUUACUCAGAGAGCAGCUAAAGGAGAUGGAUGAUCAUGUGGGCAGGCUCCAGGACAUGCUGAGGUGUGAGCGGGCCAAAUGCACCCGCCUGCAGCUGCGUUGUAACCAGCAGGAGGCAGAGCUGAGGCGCCGAGAGCAGCACAGCAACAGACUGAAGGAGCGACUGUCACAGCUCACUGACAGACACAGGGAGAAAGGACCCUCCAUAGAGGUGUUGAACUUUCCACCUGGAGGCCGAAGCAAAAGAGAACAGCCCAUCAAAUCGUUCAGGCCUGCUGCAAGACGAGAAGAAGCGACACUGCGUCUGAUGCUGGAGCGCAGAGAAGUGGAGCUCAGAGAGGCAAUGAAGCUGCGCCACAGCCUCACCACUUUACUUCAUGCACUCAGAGUCGACAUGGAGCAGACCUUGUCAGACUCGGUGGAUAUUCAGGAUGACGCCCAAAAUGGAGACAAAACGUUGGAUAAAGCUGAGGUAGCGCUUGGUGACCAUGUGACAGGAGGUGUGGUUCAGAGUUGGAGGCAGGUACAGAGGAGACUGGGCGACGUCCUGUCAAAGGGUCACACUGGUGUUGGUACUGACCAUGACAAACUGUUGGCUCACCUAGAAACUGAACUGAAAGAGAGUCAACAGCUUGUCAGAUUACAACAACAGCUGCUGCAGGGUAGCCUCGCCUCACCUGUCCCCUCUGAACUGGCUGAUUCCUACUUUUUGGAAGAGUGGGAACGUCUUCAGGCGCGGUGGGCAGAGCUUGAUCAUCAGAGGAGGACUUUUGAAAGGGAGAGGCAGUCCUUCACUGACGCUGCCAUCCGACUGAGCCGUGAGCGCUGUGAUUUUGAGCAACAGAGGGCCUCUCUUGUGAAGAAGCAGUAUUUGUGUGACUCGCCUCAGUUUGUUAAAGGAGCACCAAGCAGCAACAGAAGAGAGAGCACUGCUCUCGAUUUCUCAGUUUUGGGACCCACCAGCAUAUCUGGCUGUCUUCCCAUUACUCCAUCGUCCACUGAGUCAGGGACAGCUGCUCCUUCUGACAUACGUCAGGGCAGGGUCAGAGUUCAAACUCCCAGCACUCCUGAACUCUACGCUGCCCUCAAUCUAUCAUACAACUGCAGAGCCACAGAGGAUGAUCAUCAGUCAGAGAAGUGGGACAGCGGGGCAGACAGGAUCAUGCACACACCACAUGCUCCACACUUGGACUGGUCAUUUUAAUACAAUUUUAAGAGCAUGUUGGACCUUAUUUUCUCAUCUGUAAAUAUUCAAUAAAGACUGAAUAUAUUUUUA